AACAUUCUUCCCUGACUGAUCCCAUUUUCCUUCCGAUCUCUCAUUUCUAUAAACAACACAUCCCAUUUGGGGCAGCGAAGCUACCGUGACAGCCCAGUCCUUGUUUUAAGUGCACUGGAUGUUUAAACCUGGUGGCAUUUUGCGCUUGGUUUUAUCUUUGUCCUUCGCGUCGUAACAUCCUGUCAGCUGGUAGCCUCUGGCUGGGCAGCUGUUUGAUUAAUCUGCCACAGAAAACGGUGAAAACAGAAAAGAACUGGAACAAGUUCGCAGUGAACAUCCAGAUUUUUUCCCAUUUAUUUGAAGUGGAAUUCUUUUGAAAUCUGUGGUAUGGGUUAAUUUUCCAGGUUGAGAUAUCGCCAGUUUUAUACUUGAAUUCGAAAUCAAAAUGGAUUCUGAAAUCAGACGACGGAAUCAAGAUAUUUCCACGCCUGGUCAGACGACUACCGUCCGGACGGCGUCUCCGACUCGUAAAGCAAAGCAGGAAGAAAGCGAUGAAGAAAAUGUGGAGAGAUUUGAAGAGGAACUGGUGGAUACCGGGUUGAAAAAUCUGUCUGACCCAAAGGAUACUGAACUGGAACAAGUUCUUGGAAAACACACAAAACUGCCUCCAAGAUGGAGGAAUUGGGUUGUGCGAGGACUGUUCACCCUGUUAAUGAUCGGCUUUUUUUCCAUUCUUGUGUCAUUUGGACCGUUUGCAAUGAUUGCAACAGUCAUUCUCAUCCAAAUACGCUGCUUCCAAGAGAUAAUCAACAUUGGCUAUUGUAUAUACAAGACCCAUGAUCUCCCGUGGUUCCGCUCUCUCAGCUGGUAUUUUCUCAUUGCCAGCAAUUAUUUUUUCUACGGGGAAAAUAUUAUCGAUUAUUUCGGGCUGAUGUUGACAAAAGAUGAUUUUCUCCAGCCACUCGUGCAGUAUCAUCGUUUUAUCAGUUUCAUUCUGUACUGUGCGGGAAUCGUUUGGUUUGUUUUAAGCCUGGUGAAGAGCUACUAUUUUCGACAGUUUUCCAUGUUCGCCUGGACUCAUAUCGCUCUGCUGAUUGUGAAUUCAGCGGCGUAUUUCAUAAUCCAGAAUAUCUUCCAAGGAUUGAUUUGGUUUUUGGUGCCAGUGUCAAUGAUUGUCUGCAAUGAUAUUAUGGCAUACAUGUUCGGUUUCUUCUUUGGCCGAACUCCGCUGAUUAAAUUAUCCCCGAAAAAAACCUGGGAGGGUUUCAUUGGAGGAGGAUUUUCAACAGUUAUUUUUGGCGUUAUCAUUUCAUUGAUAAUGAUCCAGUACCCGUUUUUCAUUUGUCCGGUGGAGUGGAAUGAGGAUGAAGUGCGAUUAGCAACUAACUGCACGCCUUCUUAUAUUUUCCGCUUGCAGAACUAUAACUUGCCGAUUGCUUUCCGGAUGCUGGGGUUGAAGCAUCUACGGAUCUAUCCGUUUGUGUGGCACUGCCUGUCUCUCUCCGUUUUCAGCUCGGUCAUUGGGCCGUUCGGUGGUUUUUUCGCUAGUGGAUUUAAAAGAGCAUUCAAAAUCAAGGAUUUUGGUGAUAUGAUUCCCGGUCAUGGUGGUAUUAUGGACAGAUUCGAUUGCCAGAUUUUGAUGGCCGCGUUUGUGAACGUGUACAUCAAAACCUUCAUUCGGUCAGCCAAUCCACAGAAGCUGAUGAUGCUGACGAUGCAGAUGAAUCCCGAUGAUCAGAUUGCAUUAUUCAAUUCGCUGCGCCAGUAUCUCUUGAAUUCCGGGUUACUUACUAUUGAAACCGCUCAUGCUCCUGCUGCGACCUUACCGCCACCCGCCGAUGCCCUCUAGUACCAUGUGCUCGGCAGAGAAAGAAUAUGAAAUUAAUUCUAUAAAAGUACUAACCAGUUAUCAGUUACUGCUACAACAAAGCAUGCAUUACAGUGCUUAACGUUAUUAUUUUACCGGUACAACACUUAGCGUUGCUGUACCAUUGAGUAGUAUUAAAUAUAUAUCUAUAUAGAUAUACAGAUAUUCUUGUACGAUGCUUUCGUUUUUUCAGUUACAGACUUUCCAGAGUCUUGAAAGUCACGACUUCUUGUUAUACAGAAUGUUAAGUCAUUAUUCUGUAUUCUUUGAUAGCCACUUUAGUCAGCUAUUAAACUUUCCAGAAAUUG